AAUCUACUGAAUGUACCGUACAGAAUCCUACGGGGAGUGACAGAACCGGAGAAAAGAACAUCAUAGAAAAAAAAGGCACGGCAGAAGACGAUUACGUAAGGUACGAGUACGAGUACGAGUACGUACCGACCGCAGUGCAACUCCUAGGGCACGAUUAAUUUCAAAUCAACCAACACAUGUCAGUAACAGACACAACCAAAAACAAUACUUGUACAUUUGACCAGAGUGGCACUCCCUCUCGCCGCGAGAACACCAGUGAGCCACAAACCGACACCGGGACCGAAGCCAUCCAAUCCAAUCCAAUCCAAUCCAAUCCAAUCCAACCACAACCACAUCCAACCAUGAUGAUGUCCAAGCCCUCCCCGGAGGACACCGAGGAAGAAACAGCACCCCCCCCAACAACGCUCGACGUGGGAUCCGUCGCCGACCUGGAACGCCGCCUGGCGCUGAUGGGAUCGGACAAGAAACCCCCCGCGGCGGCCGCCCCGCCGCCGGCUGCCCCGGUGGUGGCAGCUCCGGCUCCGGCCCCAGUCGCCGCGGCGCCCGCCGUCAAGGGGGGAAAGAACGCCCUGCUGGUAAGCACGACGAACGAGCCUCUUUCUGCCUGCCACCCCUAGGGCCUUUUUCCCGGUUCUUUUUUCUUUGUUCUCACCCCUUUUGUUUCGACUUUCUGGAUCUCCCUGCCCCCCGCGGACACGAAACACGGAUCAAACCCCGACCGUCCCCGUACCGAUGAAAUGAAAUGCAACCCGAAACGCACCACGACGCGAUUCCCGAAACCGCAGGCCAGGAUCAUGGCGGCGAAGGAAAAGCAAGAGAAAAAGCAGGUGGCUCCCCCAGCGGCAGCACCUUCUGCGACCACCACCGAUUUGCUGAUGGAUUUCGAUGCGCCCGCGCCGGCUGCGCAGCCUGCACCGCCCGCGUACGACACAAAUUUUUUGAAGGACGUCCCUCCCCCGUCCUUUGACGUCUUGGAACGGAAGCAGCAGCAACAGCUGCCACCGCCGAUGGAUUUUCUUCCACCGCCGACGGACUUUCUUCCACCUCCAACGGACUUUCUUCCACCGCCUCCGAUCGAUUCCGUUCUCCCACCGCCACCGCCCCUGAACGAUGUUUUGCCACCGCCUUCCAUGCCCCCGCCCGAUCUGAUGAACAUGGGCUAUUCGCCCUCGGCUCCGUCGGCACCCAUGUUUGAAGACCUUCACACACAACAACAAGAACUCCACCCACCACCACUGCCUCCUCCGAUGGAAGCACAACCUCCGCCCGAAUUGGACAUUGACGCUUCCAUACUCAACGCACUGGAACCCGCGGAACGGGAAGCCUUUUUGGAAGAGCAGCGGAAAAUCUUGGAGCAAAUCGAGAAGGAAAAGGCGAACAACGAGGCUUCCGGAGCGGCCGCCAGGGCCAUGGCCUUUGACCAACGCAGCACGUCCGCGGUUGCCAACGUGGCGGCCUCGUACGAGCGCGGCGGACGGCCCCCGGCCGGCAGCGGCGAGGAACUGGAUGCGGAAACCGCUCAGAUGAUCGCCGACGCGGAACUGGCCGAAAAACUCCAGAAGGAGGAAUACAGCAAAUCACAGGAGCGACGAAACCGGGUGCGAAGCGGCAACCAGACGCAACAGCAGAGAGGCGAGCAGCAAUCGUCGGAAGAAAGCCAGUCCUGGUACGACUGGCUGACCGGAUCCCAGGCCCCCGCUCCGGCUCCCGCCACCCGAUCGAGCCCGAGCCCGAGAGCUUCUUCCUCGGGAUCGAGGACCCUGGUUUCGGCGCAGACCGGCGAGGAAGGCCUGACGUACGCCAGUGGGUUCGAGGGAGGAGGAGGUGCCCGGACGGCGGAGCAGAAAUCCAUGUUUGCCUGCGUUGCGGAUUCGAUCAACGUGGCCGCGACGCAGAUGUACGCGCUGCCGGUCGACGAGGAAGGCAACGUCCACGGCGUGGACUCGCAGGGCCUCCUGGCCAUGCCGGACGUUUCUCGCCAGCGGGACAACUAAAGUGGGUUGGACACACGGAGCUCUAUCCGAUCGAGUCGCACGGCAACAAGGUUGAACCGACGAAACGAAGUGAAGGGACGGGAGUGGGCGGAUCGAUGGAAUGCGAUGUCUGUCGAGAAACGAACGAAUCACCAGCAGACUCUCAACACCUUUCACGUACCAACGUCAAUUGGAAUGAUCGAAUGAAUGAAUCAUCGAUGCGCAGUUGACCGAAAUAACCUUACACACGAGAAAUAAAUUAGUUUCAUUACC